AUGGACAUUGUUGGUAAGUAUCUAGAUUCGGUUGAUAAGUGGGAGUCAUUCUACGCAAUAUAUGCAAAGUGGAUGGGGUUUGGCAAAAGGUCAGAUGACGUGAAGAGAAGAAAUGGGGUAGUAUCAAUGAGAAGGGAAGAAAAAUUGGAAACUGAUGCGGAAGGUGCAUUAGGAUUCUUGGAUUGUCUUUCUGAUGCGAGAUCCAAAUUUUAUAUGUACCACCAAGCUGACACAGAAAACAGACUCGCCAACGUAUUCUGGGUCGACGGGGCUGCAAGAAUUGAAUACCAGGCAUUUGGGGAUGUGAUAGCAUUUGACACAACGUACAUGACCAACAAGUACAACAAGCCAUUGUGCAUUUUGAUGGGUUUCAACCACCAUUUCUCCACUUGUGUUUUUGGGUUUGCGUUGCUCGUAAUUGAAAAAAAUGGAGACUUAUUCAUGGAUGCUAAGAGCAUUCUUAGAAUGUCACCAUAA